GGGCGCGGGGCGGAGAGAGGAGUCACGUGGUGCCGGAAAUAAAGUGCGCAGCUGUUUAUCGAAGCGUUCAUCACUGAUCACGGAUUAAUAACACACUCCUUUACUGAAUAGCGUCGCGCUGAAACUAACAUCUGUUUUCAUCGAGUGUUGAUCGACAUGACGCUGAACCGAAACCAUCACCCAAACGGAGGAGUCCUGAUCCAGGCCGGAGAGAGCAUCUUACGAGAAUGCAAGAACGUCGAGCUUUCCUUCAGUGACAUCACGCCCAAAAAUGAGCUGUUCAAGGGGACCAAGAAGGGCUCUGUGUUCCUCACCCAGUACAGGAUGGUGUUCGUCAGCAGCACGGUGAAUGAGAAGUUCUGCUCCUUCAUGUUCCCGUAUUACCUGAUGAAGAACUGCAGCAUCGAGCAGCCCGUGUUUGCUGCAAACUACAUCCAAGGGUUGAUCAAAGCCGAGGCGGGAGGUGGAUGGGAAGGGCAGGCCAACUUCAAGAUGUCUUUCCCCAGCGGAGGAGCCAUUGAGCUGGGACAGCACCUCUUCAAACUGGCCACCAACGCAUCUCGAGCUCCUCCGGCUCAGAACGGAGCGUUUGGAUUGGCUGCAGGGAUGAACGGAUACGCCAGUCCAGCCAUGCCACAGAUGCAGCCGUACCCAUAUCCCAGCAUGCCACAGGCCGGGUACAACCCCUACCCACAACCCCCUGCUGCAGGUGUGUAUCCCAGCGCUCCCAUGUACAUGGCUCCUCCUCCUCCGUACCCUGGACCUCCUCAGAACUGGUGUCCUCCUCCAGUGGCUAAUGGAAACGCUAAAGCAACAGAAGCGGCCAGCAGCGCCUUCUACAAUCCCAGCAACCCUCACAGCGUCUACAUGCCCAUGGAUCAGCCUCCUCCCUACUAUCCUCCUGAGAAUCCAGAGAAGAAGAACAACUGAGACUCGUCUGGAGGACAGUGAUUCGCUCGUGUGCUGGAUGACUCUUUAGAUUCAGUGUGAGCUGAGCCCGCUCAUGUAUGCAGUUUUACUAUUUACCAUUAACACGUCUAUAUCUGCCUGCUCAGAUGUUAAUCCUGGUGUGUGUGUGUGUGUGUGUGUGUGUGUGUGUGUGUGUGUGUGUGGUGCUGAACUCUUCUGUAAACUCCUUUUGAUAAUAUUAUAAUCAUAAUUCAGAAGUGGAUCAUUCCUGAUAGACCUGGUGUAGACGGAUGAAUAAAGCUCUAUAUUCUGUCUCUG